AUGGAGUUGGGAGAUACCGUUCUGGGUCAGAUCACCUUUGCGCUCGUGUUCGUGAUCGACCAUAUGAUUCCAGCCGUCCACAAAGUUCUCAGCUGGGAAACUGAGGAUGUCGAUUUGGGUCCGAUCAUUCCGGAAUGGAGUGGCACCGCUCUGCCAACCGCAAGCAGAAGCAAAUUGCUUACAAUGCAACCUCCGGCUGAUAAGGCCUAG